CUACUGCCAGACCAGUGCAUUCUGGGGGGAAAUGUGGAGGAUUUGAUUGUAGUUUAGUCGCGGAUACUAAACUGGUUCCCGAAAACAUAGGACAGUUUGUGUUUUAUUUGUGACACUUGACUUUCUAUAGUUUACUUUCUGGUAGAAUAGAACUGUACGAUAUGACUUUAUUGGCGAGAGAGACCAGGAAUCUUCAGAAUUGUGCUAGUUAUUUUUUUAAAUUUUAAGGCCCAGGAGCCGCGGAUCAGAAGUGCUACAGCCCGCGGUGGAGGGUUCAUCUCCAAAAGAAGGUCUUUCUAAUGUGGGGCUGAUCGAUUUCUUUAUUCUUACAAGGAGUUAAUCUACGCAAGAAGCGCUCGAAAACCAUAAGAUGUCACACUCAGGGGCACCUCCUCGCUGGCGGAAUUGUCCAAGAAGGGGUCGACCUGUGGCAGGAAGAUUUCUGCCCAUGAAGACUAUGCUGGGGCCCAAAUAUGAUGACCAUGUUCCUGAAGAGAACAGAUUCCACCCCAGCAUGUUGUCCAGUUACUUAAAGAGUCUUAAGGUCAAGAUGGGAUUGCUGGUUGACUUGACAAACACAAGUCGAUUCUAUGACCGGAAUGAAAUCGAAAAGGAAGGAAUCAAAUACGUGAAGCUUCAGUGUAGAGGGCAUGGUGAGUGUCCCACGACAGAGACAACAGAAAUGUUCAUCCGACUGUGUGAGCACUUCAUGGAGAAGAGUCCGCCGGAGCUAAUAGGUGUCCACUGCACACAUGGGUUCAACCGGACAGGGUUCCUGAUCUGCGCCUACCUGGUGGAGAAGAUGGACUGGAGCGUGGAAGCGGCCAUCGCCGCCUUCGCCCAGGCUCGCCCCCCCGGCAUCUACAAAGGCGACUACCUGAAAGAGCUCUUCCGUCGCUACGGUGACGUGGAGGACUCCCCGGCACCUCCGCCUCUCCCCGAAUGGUGCUUCGAGGACGAAGGGGACGAGGUGGAUGACGACGGCGGCGUGAUUGGCCCGGAGUCUGGGCCUAGCUCCUCGGGAGCCGUGGCUGGGAAGAGGAAGAAGGAGCGUCUGAAACUGUGUGCCGUGUUCCUGGAGGGCGUCACCGUCAAAGGGGUCACGCAGGUCUCUGUACAGCCCAAACUGGGCGCCGUGCAGAAGAAGUGUCAGCAGUUCUGCAAGUGGGAGAGGUCAGGCUUUCCAGGCGCCCAGCCGGUGUCCAUGGACUUGAAGAACCUGCACUUCCUGGAGCAGAAGGCCUACAAAGUCAGCUGGAAGGCGGACGGCACACGCUACAUGAUGCUUGUCGAUGGGAAGGAGGAAGUUUACAUGAUCGACAGGGACAACUCGGUGUUCCACAUAGCCAACCUGGAGUUCCCCUUCCGGAAGGAUCCCCGCGUGCACCUCUCCAACACUCUGAUGGACGGGGAGAUGAUCGUGGACAAGGUCAACGGGCAGCCUGUGCCGCGCUACCUGAUCUACGACAUCAUCAAGUUUAACGACCAACCGGUGGGCCAGUGUGACUUCAAUACCCGACUGUUUUGCAUAGAGAAGGAAAUAAUUUCUCCCAGGCUAGAGAAGAUGAAGAUGGGGCAGAUCGACAAAACCAAGGAGCCCUUCAGCGUCCGGAACAAGCCCUUCUUUGACAUCCACGCCUCUCGGAAGCUGCUGGAGGGCAGCUUCACCGCCCAGGUCAGCCAUGAAGUGGACGGCCUUAUUUUCCAGCCACUGGAGAAAUACCGGCCCGGGAGGUGUGACGACAUCCUCAAGUGGAAGCCUCCAAGCCACAACUCUGUGGACUUCCGGCUGAAGAUCGCCAAGAUCGGAGGGGAGGGGUUGCUCACGAAGACCGUGGGAUUGCUGUACGUCGGCGGCUAUGAAAGACCCUUCUCCCAGAUGAAGGUGACGAAGGAGCUGAAGCAGUACGACAACAAGAUCAUCGAGUGCAAGUACGCGGCUGAAGAGGGCUGGGUCUUCAUGCGGCAGAGAAUAGACAAGAGCUUCCCCAAUUCCUACGACACGGCCAUGGCUGUGUGCAACAGCAUCCAGCAGCCGGUCACCAAGGAGGUGCUGUUCGAGUUCCUGGAUCGGCUGGGCACGCAGCCGCGAAAACACCCCCCCGACCCAGACUCGCAGCUGAUGCCCCCGCCACCCCCAAAGAGGCCCAACCGGGCCGUACCAUAGUACCCCAGUGAGAGGGCUACAAGUUUAUGUGGAACUGUGUCAUCCUCCCGUGGCAACCCCCUCUCGACCCCCCCACUACCCGCAAAAUGAACAUCUAAAGCUGGGACCCCGACUGUGUGUGUCAGGCUCCUGGGGGCCUUUGGGACUGUUGGUAUGGAAAUCGGCCAUUUAGCUCGACAUUUGAUGUCAACGAACCACCCCCAUGACUUGGAUAAUUCAUAUUAAAUUUAUUAGAUUUGAACUUUUUUUUAAAUUUUAUUUUUAAUUUCUCUUUCCAUCUCGCCCAAAAACAGUGCUAUAUUGGACCAGCCUAAAAUGGCGGCACAAUCAUCCUUCUAUGCAGAAUGUGUGCGUGUUUAAUAGGGAUUCAGUCAUGUGUCGUUAUACAGGGAGUGAAAGGGAGAGUGUUUUGCUUGGGUUAACCUGCGUCGGCCGGGGGUGUCCCCCAUUAAACGACGAUGCACACUUGCCAUCUCUGAGGUCACUCGCAUUGAGAAGUGUCCUCCCCUUCAGCGUCUGGGUCGCUGUUAUUCUUCUGAAAGGAAAAAACUGAUCUUUAAUUUCGCAGACCGGCUCUGUAACUGCUGCACGAAAUUACAAGCGUCUGGGAUGUGCGUUGAUGCGUGUGCGUACUUGCAUGCAUGUGUGCAUUUCAGUGUGUGCGUGUGCGAUCUUGAUUUGCAGUCAGCCACACUCCUCUCUUCCAUGGGUCCGUCCUAAUUUUGUGACACGCUGAUUUGCUGGUUCUGUUGUUCAAUGUGACACAUUAAAGUAGUACAUUUCUGAGUC